UGACCUGAUUAGCAUAUUGACGUAAACAUAAUGGCUGACGCCGGUGGCACGAGACUUCACUGACCUAACGGGAUACGCUCACGUAAGAGUUGUUGCAAGUUUGCUUGGAGUGCUGAGUACAGACGUUCAAAAAGAUGGUGUUUGAAUCGUUGGUUGUUGAUCUUAUCAAUCGCUUUCUUGGUGAUUUUGUGGAAAAUUUGGAUACAUCCCAACUGAAAAUUGGAAUAUGGGGAGGCAGUGUGGUUCUUGACAAUCUUAACAUAAAAGAGAGUGCAUUGGAUGAACUUGACCUACCUGUGAAAGUCAAAGCGGGACACAUAAGCAAGCUUGUCUUGAAGAUCCCCUGGACAAAUCUGUACACUGAGCCAGUAUUGCUGAAAUUGAAUGGGAUUUAUGCACUUGCUGUACAAAUAUUGGAGUCAAGUAUGAUGCAAAGAAAGAGGAGAAGAUACUACGAUAUUAAACAGAAGAAGCUUGCCCAGAUUGAAGAAGCCAAAAGCUGGAAGCAGAGAGACAGGCAACCAAAAGAAGUCAAGAAAGACACUUUUGCUGAGAAAUUAACUACACAGAUCGUCAAAAACUUACAGGAUCCUGCGAAGCUCAACAUUCUGGUCAUGGGAGCAAACCUGAAUACCAAUCGGUAA